UUUAUGAAACAUGCCCCAGGUGAAUCAACUGAGAUCCACAAGACACACUAUUAUAAAGAUGGUGUUUAUUAAAGAGGAGAGUGAAGACAUGAAGAUUGAAGAAGCAUUUCCGAGUUAAAUAUGAAGAUACCGGGCAACAAACAGAGAUGACAUUUAUUAAAGAGGAGUGAAGACAAGAUGAUUGAAGAAGCAUUCAGAGUCAAACAUGAAGAUGGGUCAUUCUACAGAAACGUCCACUUUUGGUAUGGCAAGAUGUCUUCAUUUAUUUCUUUUUUUAACAUUUAAAUUUAGACCACAUUAUUAGAUUACCUUUUGACUUUAUGAAUGCAUAUACAUGACAGCUUAAUUUUUUUUUUUUUAAGCUUUUUUGUGCAAUUAUUUCAAGACCACAUUUAUAAUUUUUUUGUCACUGGUGUUACCUUCUUUAGCAAUAUUAAAAGUUUUUUUUUUUUUCAGCACGUAGUCAGAGUUACAGAAAAAUAAUGAAAACGCACGAAAUAAGGAGAUUGUUUUUUUAUUUUUUUUUAUUUAUGUGACAAACAAAAACAGUACAGUAACACAGCACAGUAACACCAGUGACAUACAUAAGACCUGAUAUACUGAUCUUCACUGGUGUUAUCCAUAAAGAAGGUAACACCAGUGACCAUUUUCAUGAAAAAUGCAUUUUACAAAAUGUCUGCUGCAAGGUAUCAAACCACAUGUUGUCAGCCAUGGUAUACUCACUAAAUUAAUUAGUUUAAACUAUUUGUAUUAUAGUUUUUUUUUUUUUCAUUUAAUAAUGGUCAUACCAGUAUUUAUAUGUUACAGGUUUAUAUGUAUUUAUUGUUAAAAUAACAAUAAAUAGGUCGUACCAGUGAGGUCAACUAAAAGCAUCAUAUGAAAUCACGAGAUAAAUGAGAAUUUCUGAUAACUGAAAAGAAACCGUGGACUAAACAUGGGCCUUUUUUCAUAGAUGUUUAGAAAAUAGGAAGGAGGAAGUUUAGUGAUGUCAUCAGUGUGAUUCUUGUUUUUGUUGUUGUUGUUUUUUCCAAAAUAAAAUACUUUUGUUAAGCGGUAACACCAGUUACACAACUCCAGGGGACCACUAUUUUCAUUAUAUAUUUUAUAAUAUUUAUUUGGCAUUUUGUUUUUUUUAUGCCAUUUAUAUCAUAUAUUUGAUAGUUAUGAAUAGACUUUUGUAUUUUACAUGGUAGAAAAUCCUGUUUUUGACGUCAAAAUAAAGCACUUGACUGCUGUACAUGGCUGUGGGGAUGAGCAGUUCUGUGGUGCUUGGAAUUCUUUAUAAUUAAUAAAAAAAUAAUAAUGCCACAUUGAUGGCUCAGGAAGGUGUAAUUGUUUAAAUAACAUAUUGUUUCAUUUUAAAAUAUACAAAAAUUGUAACCCUAAUGUGUAUUUUAAUUGUAAUAUUUCUGUAAAGUCUAGGGACAGAAAAGUGGACGUUUCUGUAGAAUGACCCAGAUACUGAGGAACAAACAGACCUGAUACCACUAAAAAAGGAGAGUCAACAACUGAAUGAAAUGGAAGACAAAAAUAAUUAUAAGAAACAUCGCUCUAAAAAGACUUAUUCAAAAAAAAGAGCUCAGAAGACAAGAUAUAGAAGUAAUUUCACCUGCCAGGAAUGUGGAAAGAGUUUCACUACAAAAGGAAACCUUGACUCCCAUAUGAGAAUUCAUACUGGAGAAAAGCCUUACAACUGCCAAGAAUGUGGAAAGAGUUUCACUACAAAAGGAAACCUUGACAUCCAUAUGAGAAUUCAUACUGGAGAAAAGCCUUACACCUGCCAAGAAUGUGGAAAGAGUUUCACUACAAAAGGAAACCUUGACAUCCAUAUGAGAAUUCAUACUGGAGAAAAGCCUUACAACUGCCAACAAUGUGGAAGGAGUUUUACUACAAAAGGAAACCUUGACGCCCAUAUGCGAAUUCACACUGGAGAAAAGCCUUACACCUGCAAACAGUGUAGAAAGAAUUUCACCAAAAAAGGAAACCUUGACGCUCAUAUGAGAAUUCACACUGGAGAAAAGCCUUACACCUGCAAACAGUGUGGAAAGAAUUUCACCAAAAAAGGAAACCUUGACGCUCAUAUGAGAAUUCACACUGGAGAAAAACCUUAUACCUGCAAACAGUGUGGAAAGAAUUUCACCAAAAAAGGAAACCUUGAUGCUCAUAUGAGAAUUCACACUGGAGAAAAGCCUUAUACCUGCAAACAGUGUGGAAAGAGUUUCACUAAAAAAGGAAACCUUGACGCUCAUAUGAGAAUUCACACAAGAAAGAAGCGUUAACACAUUGGUCUCACACUCGAUU